ACUUAUAUUUAAGUAUAUUUUCUAAAUUGUACAUUUAAACAUUAUGAAUUUUUAAUGGCCAGAUGCGGCUCAUACCCUAUGGUUGACAAUCUGUAACAUUUAUACAGUCAACCUAUACACUCUAAAGAUAGCAAAAAUGAAUUUGCAAUCGAUUUUUUAACAAAAAUGUACUUUUUGUUUAACUCGAUAAAAUAUAUGGUUUAGGAGAUAUGUACAUUUUUAGAUCGUUGUAAAUUCCAAAGAAAACCGUUCACUCAUUCAUAAAUUUUAAUCAUUUAUUGAAAACGUAUCAACAAUUAUUUGUAGGAUUCUCCAGGAGCAACUUCUUUACCCCUUUCUUAUCCAGAAAUGCAUGCCAUGAAAGUAGAGGAUUAUCCAGAGAGACCGGUCUAAAUUCGAGUUUUUACCCACUAUUCUUGUCCAGACAUUAACACAAAAUCGAUCUUGAUUCUUUGUUUGAAUUGUACCGUCAGGAUUUUCAUCUGCCUAUAAAAGUAAAUUAUGAAAAUUACUAAAACUGUCUCGUGUGAAACCGGCUUUAUCAGUAAACAGUACUUUUCCAACAAAUGUAUUAUCAACUUAUAUAGAAACCAACGAACUUAGGCAAGUUUUACUAAAUAAUCCUAUACUUCCUUGGCAUGCACUUUCUGGAAGUGAAAGAUGUAAAGAAGUUGCUCCUUGAGAAAUUUCCAAUAAAUAAUAACAAUUAAUGAUAAUUUACUUCAGAAUGUCUUUUUAUGGCGAACGGUUUCCUUGGCAUGUACAACGAUCUAAAAAUCUACAUAUCCACCAUUAAUUUUAUCGAGUUAAACAUACCUUUUUGAUAAAAAAUUCAUUUUUGGUAUCUAUAGAUUGUACAGGUUAUCCCUGUAAACGUUACGCAUUGUUAACAAUUUGGUAUGAGCCGCCCCCGGGCUUCAGAUAGUAGAGUAGAAUUUGUAAUGUUCGAUUGUAUAAUUUAGAAAAUACACUUAAAUAUAAGUUCUAAUUUCGUAUAACUCAGAAACGAGGGGUUGUAUGCAUAUUUUUUUUAUGUCACAGCAUUAUUUUCGCGUCAUCGGCUCACUCCCGAAUUUUCUGCAUCGAGUCCUGGAACACCCUGUAGUAAUGAAUCAUUUUAAGCGCGACUGUUAAAAAAUUAUUGAUAAAAUAAAUAUUUUUUUAACUCAAGUGUAGUUUAUCACAUUACAAAGCAAGUAUCAGGGUCGAAUAUGUUUGACAUUGCAUAUUGGUAGUUAUUAGUAGGUAAACUUUUUAAUGAAAGGUUAAUAGUACACUACUUUACUUAAACUAAACCACACCAAGAAUAUUAUUAACACAUAUAUCUAUACAUAUUCAGUUAUCGUGCCCGCUAUUUAUCAUGCCGUCCAGCUGUAAUUUGAUAUCUUUAUUUAUGAAAGUCAUGCUUACGAUUAGAUACAUACAAUGGAUGCAGAGUUGUAAAAUUGUGGAUUUUAGUUCCUUUACGAAACGCUAAGAUGAAUAUCUAAAUAAUUAUUUUGCGGUUUAAGUGUACCCGUACUUGUGUUCAUUCAUUUUUUUUAUAUUCACAUGGUUUUUAUAUUACACAUGGUCUAAUGAAAUUAAGAAAAGAAAGUGAUUCAGAUAAAGAGGGUGAGAUAAUGGAUGGGGAAGAUGACUGUUUCAACAGUUAUUGCUCGCGAGCAAGCCAAAGAAGUAAUGGAGGAAGUACGGACUUCGGUGAAAUGUCAUUCAUGAUAGUAGAUUACUUAAAGGAAGCUAUGAAGGCAAUGGACAUGAUGCGGGCGCACCGAAUGCUAACCGAUGUAGUAUUAGAAGUAGGAAAGGAUCUAUUUUAUGCGCAUAAAGUUGUCCUGGCGGCUGCAAGCCCCUACUUCAAGGCCAUGUUCACGGGGGGUCUCAAAGAAUGUGAUAUGGAUAGAGUUAAAUUGCAGGGUGUUUCGGGUGCCUCAUUAUCUAGGCUAAUACAUUUUAUGUAUACUGGAAAAAUUAGGGUUUCUGAAAAUACAGUAUGUCAACUAUUGCCUGCUGCUACCAUGCUGCAAGUUCCUAAUGUCAUCCAAGCUUGUUGUGAUUUUUUAGAACGUCAAUUGGAUCCUAGUAAUGCCAUUGGUAUAGCAACUUUUGCCGAGCAGUACGGAUGUAUCGAUUUAUGUCGAAAGGCCAAUCAGUAUAUAGAACAAAAUUUUAGCCAGAUAUCCCACGAGGAAGAAUUUUUACAAUUAAGUACGCUUCAAGUAAUAAAUUUAAUAAAAAAAGAUGAAUUAAAUGUACAAGACGAAAAAGAAGUUUAUAAUGCAGUUUUAAAAUGGGUUAGGUACGACGAAGAGCAUAGACACAAAAAGAUGGAACUUAUUUUGAACGCUGUACGAUGCCAAUUUUUACCGCCGAAAUUUUUAAAUGACCAAAUGACAAAUUGCGAGGUUAUCAAGAAAACCCCAGCCUGUAAAGAAUAUUUAGCCAGAAUAUUUAAGGAUUUAACUUUGCAUGUACGAACUGGUGUGAAAGAACGAUGUCCGAAUAUUCCUCGAGUGAUAUAUGUGGCAGGAGGAUAUUUUCGACAAUCUCUUGAUAUCUUAGAAGGUUACAAUGUUGACGAAAAAGUAUGGUAUAAACUUUCCAGAUUAACAGUACCCCGGUCUGGUUUAGGAGGCGCUUUCUUAAAGGGAAAUUUUUAUGCAGUAGGGGGCAGAAACAAUAGUCCAGGCAAUAGUUAUGAUUCCGAUUGGGUAGAUAAAUAUAAUCCGAUAAAAGACCAUUGGAGACCCUGCUCACCUAUGUCUUCUCCAAGAAAUAGGGUCGGAGUUGCCGUAAUGGAUGGUCUUUUAUAUGCAGUGGGAGGAAGUGAAGGACUGAAGUAUCAUAGUAGUGUAGAAUGUUAUGAUCCAGAUACAGAUAGAUGGAUUAACGUUAAGCACAUGCAUUAUAAAAGAUUGGCAGUUGGUGUGGCGGUAGUUAAUAGAUUAUUGUAUGCCAUUGGGGGAUAUGACGGCGUCGAGAGGCAUAGAAGUGCUGAAUGUUACCAUCCAGAAAAUAACGAAUGGACAAUGAUAUCACCUAUGAACAUACCACGUAGUGGAGCAGGGGUAGCUGCUAUUAACCAAUUCAUUUUUGUAAUUGGCGGUUAUGAUGGGAAAAAUCAGCUGAAUUCCGUCGAAAGAUAUGAUACUGAACGUGAUGUAUGGGAGACGGUCUGUCCUAUGAAAGUUUCAAGAAGUGCUCUUAGUGUUACUGUUUUAGAUUGUAAAAUAUAUGCAUUGGGUGGUUACGACGGUACGAACUUCCUUACCAACGUUGAAAUUUACGACCCGGCUCGAGACGUGUGGGAAACUGGUGAACCUUUAACUUCAGGUCGUUCUGGUCACGCGAGUGCAGUUUGCUAUCAACCUUGUAUACCAGAUUCGUGUAUAAUAUUGACUCAAACAAAUCAGCAGUGUCCCUCUUCCUCUUCAAAAAGAUAGUAUAUUGCUUGACAAUACAAGUUUGAUAGAGAAAAAAAUGCAUUUUGUUGAAAAAGUGCAUCAAAAAAGUCCGAGUUAUUCUAUAGCGUAUAAUUACUUGAACAUAACAUAGAGAAAAAGAAUGAAGAAAGCAGUUUGGAACACUAAGUUUUAUAUGAAGUAUAGUUCAGAGAAAUUAAAUAACAUAUAUGUCAAUACUCGGAUGUAGCAGUAUUGACCCCAAGUAUUAAGAACAGACGUAGUGCCGAAUACUAAUUUUAACACCAACUGAAAACUGCCUUUGGUACUAUCCUUAAACAAUAAACUUUUUCAGUUAGUACUACUUGAAUGUAAAUUUGUUGCCAAUUUUAAAAACUUACUAUCAAGGUACUUUAUCCACUUGUCUCCGUUUGGCAACAUCUUUUUUAUUUAUUUUCCUAGUCCGCAUUUAAUAGCUGCUUUGAACAGUACAAUUGAACUACUGCAACAAAUUUCUUAUCUUUCAUUUUUCUUUUUUUUUAAAUGUAAUUAUGGUAAUGGUAUACUACAAUUUAUUUUUUUCGCAUCUUGUUUACUUCUUUCUUGGUACAUCAAACCAAGUGAUUCUUGUGAAAAAUUCUAAAACUAGUCUGUACAAGAGGAUGAAAAUUACAUUAGAUUUAGGAUUGAAUGUUUAAAGUGGAUGCAACAAAAAUCUUUCUCUUUCUUGAUCUUUUCCAUCCCUAAACGUUUUUAUAUCUCAAUUUUUUCUUGUUUCUUUUGAACUUUAGCAACACAUUUUUUAUGUCCCUUCCAGAUGACACAUUCAGUUAGUGACUACUUCAUUGACGGCUGCUGUGGAAGUAUGAUUGAACUACUUUAGCAAACUCUUCAUCCAGUAUGUUCUUGAUAUUUUUUCUGUUUUUCCCUUCAUUAUUAUGGUAAUUGUAAUGUUUCCUUCCUCCUUAGUAUGACAUAUUUGAUAUGUUGUAUGAUGGGAAAUACAUUAGAUUGAACGAUUCUCAUAUUUAAUUGAAUGCUAAGAGUGAAAGCAACAAAAAUCAUUCUUGAUCUUCUUCGUCUCAUAGUUUUUUCUAUUACUAGUUUCUUUCUGUCUCUUUUGAACUUUAGCAUCACAUUUAUUAUUUCCUUUCAUAUUCCACAUUUACUUAGAGACUAUAUAAUUUUAUUGAAGGCUUUUAUAAAAGUACGAUUGAAUUACUUUAGCAAACUCUUCAUCCUCAUUUAUUUUUCCUUUCAUUAUUAUGAUGAUCGUAUUGCAAUUUAUUUUUUACUCCUGUUUAUUGUUUCCUUUCUUCUUAGUAUGAUAUCAACACUUUCGAUAUGAUGUAAGAUUAUAGAAAACAUUGGAUUGAACAAUUCCUAUAUUUAAUUAAAUGUUAUGAUUUGAGAUAUGUUUGUGCUUUUCUCAAUACUGUAUUUAUUAUUUCCCCUUCGUAUAUCUAUUGCUGUGAAUUUUUCCUGAAACAUUCGUAUUAAGUUGGUGAAUCUUUCCAGAUAAAACUACGAUGAAAUGGUUAUAGGGUUCAAAUUUUAGGAAGCCUAGGCUGUAAUGAAGUAAAUAAAUAUUUGUACAAAAUUUUGGUAUAUAAUUUCUCUCCAUAUUGGUUGAUGUAAAUGUAAACUUUGUAAAUAUUUUGUAUAUUUGUAAAAUAUAAAUGUAAUAGUUUUUAUUGUCUUCAUAUAAACAUGAGAAAAUAUACAUUCCUGUUGA